CCCCUUGUCUUUCUCAUUACCGCAGUGCCACCCAUUUCCAGAGAGGACACAGCCUUUUCUCUCAUCCUCUCUUACUCAUUCGAGACUUUAAAAAUUCAUUUCCCUUUUUUUUUCUCUCCUUUCAAUUUGUUUCUCUCUGAAAAGUUUCCCUUAUCGAUUCAAAAAGUUUCUGUUUUCGUCAAGGCGAGAUUGGCAUUUUGGUAAAAAAAAAGAAAAAUCGGGUGGAUCUGAUGUGGUGGAUGAUGGGAGAAGCUGAUGGGCAUUACUGUUCUAAGAAGACUGACGAUAUCUGCGGCGCUCUUUGUAGUCAGGAAACUGGUAGAUUCUCCAGCUUCUCUAGACUCUCAUGCGCACUCCGUGGCGUGGACAUGAAGACAUACAUCUUCCUACUAGUCAUCGUCCCGACAUGCGUCUUCGCCGGCUACAUCCACGGCCAGAAGAUCUCCUACUUCCUCCGCCCGCUCUGGGAAUCCCCUCCCAAACCUUUCCACGACAUCCCUCACUACUACCACGAGAACGCCUCCAUGGAAACUCUCUGCAAGCUCCACGGCUGGGGCGUGCGUGAGUUCCCUAGACGUGUCUACGACGCCGUUCUCUUCAGCAACGAGCUCGACAUCCUCUCCGUCCGCUGGAGAGAGCUCUACCCUUACAUCACUCAGUUCGUCCUCCUCGAGUCCAACUCCACCUUCACUGGCCUCCCCAAGCCUCUCGUCUUCGCCUCACACAGAGACGAGUUCGAGUUUAUAGAGCCGCGUCUCACUUACGGCUCUCUCGGUGGGAGGUUUGUCAAAGGGAUGAAUCCUUUCUACGAGGAGGCGUAUCAGCGAGUGGCGUUAGACCAGCUUCUCAGGAUCGCUGGGAUCACUGAUGAUGACUUGCUGCUCAUGUCUGACGUGGACGAGAUUCCGAGUAGACACACUAUAAACCUCCUGAGAUGGUGUGACGAGGUGCCUAAGAUCCUCCACCUCAGGCUCAAGAACUAUCUUUACUCCUUCGAGUUCCCUGUGGACAACAAGAGCUGGAGGGCUUCGGUUCAUAGAUACGAGACAGGGAAGACGCGGUACGCUCAUUACCGUCAGUCUGAUGAGAUCUUGGCUGAUGCGGGGUGGCAUUGCAGCUUUUGCUUUAGACGGAUAAGCGAGUUUAUAUUCAAGAUGAAGGCUUAUAGCCAUAGCGAUAGAGUGAGGUUCAGCCGUUUCUUGAAUCCUAAAAGGGUUCAGAGAGUUAUAUGCAAAGGGGGUGAUCUUUUCGAUAUGUUGCCUGAAGAGUAUACUUUCAAGGACAUUAUAGGGAAGAUGGGUCCGAUUCCUCACUCUUACUCGGCUGUUCAUCUUCCUUCUUAUCUCCUGGAGAACGCGGAUAAGUACAGGUUCCUCUUGCCGGGAAAUUGCAUGAGAGAGAGCGAAUGAUAGAGAGGAGACAAAGAUCGUUCAUCUGAAGAUCUCUCUCUCUCUCUCUACAAUGAGAGGAGGAGACAAAAGGUUGGCUUGAUUGAAUCAUCCAAUGGCCUAAUAAACACUCACAGAACUGAACUGAUAGAUAUAAUCUCUGCUUUUUUUGUCUGAGGCACACUUUCAAGAAGAUUAUUAUAGGGUGAAGAGUUUUUGUUGUAUAUAGAUAGAGAUCUGUUUGUUUCUUUCUCUCAGGAUUUCUGAUUUUGGAAUCAGUCAUGAAAACCCUUCCAUUUCUUGUGAUCUUUCUAUCUUUCAAAUAUGAGUAUGUAUGUGUUCGUUCUUCUAGAGUUUCUCCUUUGGGAAGUUUUGCAUCAAUACACUCUUUGGUUUGAGCUUUCAGUUCA